UUUUUUUUUUUUUUUUUUUAAUUUGAAUCCCAAGUUUGAAGUCUCUUUCUCUCUCUCUCCCUAUCUCUACUGGUCUUUUAUUUGGAGAAGCUUAAUCAAGAUCUUCACUUUCCCGAUGACAAUUGGAUCGUUUUUCUCUUCUCUCAAGUUCUGGGGCACUUCUCAGGUAAACCGUCCCCACCCAAAGCGACUCUUCUCUGUUCCCUACUUUCUUCAAAAUUAUCCUCUCGUUUUUUUUUUUUAAUUUAUUAAUCAUUAUAAAUUGAAAAAAUUAAAGUUUUCUUUAGAAAGGAGAAAAAACCAACUCGUUGCAAGUUAAAAUCAAGUCAACGAACACAAUAUUGAUGAAAUACCCCUCCCCUGACUACAACUGUGCUUAGCACAACGUGCCUUUGACAAAGUUCUUUUUUUGUGUGUGUUAAACUCUUCUUUCUGCCUUUUUUUUUACCAAUUUAUUUUGUUCAUCCGAGAGAGAGAUGAUGAAUUGCAUUCCCUUAUUACUAUCACCCAAACCGGAGGUUUCUUUCAAACCCUCCUCAUCCCCAAGUCUUACGUACAUUUCUUAGUUUGUUGUUUGGAUCCAACAAAAAUUAACAUUAGGUUGUGGGCGAGUCGCCUCUAAACACAAGCACGAUUGGAUCAUACUCGUCAUCUUGAUUGCCAUCGAGAUCGGCCUCAACCUCAUCUCUCCUUUCUACCGUUACGUCGGAAAGGACAUGAUGACUGACCUCAAGUACCCUUUCAAGGACAACACCGUCCCCGUCUACGCUGUUCUCCUUCCCAUCCUAGUCUUCGUCUGCUUCUACCUGAAGAGAACAUGUGUGUACGAUCUGCACCACAGCAUCCUCGGGCUUCUCUUCUCCGUUCUGAUUACUGGUGUCAUCACCGACUCCAUCAAGGUCGCCACCGGACGCCCUCGUCCUAACUUCUACUGGCGCUGCUUCCCCGACGGCAAAGAGCUGUAUGAUGCCUUGGGUGGUGUGAUCUGCCACGGCAAAUCAGGUGAGGUCAAGGAAGGCCACAAGAGCUUCCCGAGCGGACACACCUCCUGGUCCUUUGCGGGGCUCACCUUCCUCUCCCUCUACCUCUCUGGCAAAAUCAAGGCCUUCAACGGAGAAGGACACGUGGCUAAGCUCUGCCUCGUGAUCUUCCCUCUGCUCGCCGCUUGCCUUGUUGGGAUAUCUCGUGUGGAUGACUACUGGCACCACUGGCAAGACGUCUUCGCCGGAGCUCUCAUCGGAUCCCUUGUAGCCGCCUUCUGCUACCGUCAGUUCUACCCUAACCCUUACCAUGAAGAAGGAUGGGGUCCCUACGCAUAUUUCAAGGCAGCUCAAGAACGAGGAGUCCCUAUGACCUCCCAAAACGGAGAUGCCUUGAGGACAAUGUCUCUGCAGAUGGAUUCAACUUCUCUAGAAAACAUGGAAUCUGGCACUUCCACUGCUCCCAGAUGAUGAUGAUGAUGAUGAUGAUGAUCCUUCUUCUAUUCCAUUAUUUGAUUCAUUAUUUGGUUUUUUUUUUUCAUUUUGGUCGUUUGUGAGAUUGUAGAUGGUACGGUAUAGCUACGUUUACGUAUGUAUGUAUGUCAGUAUGUGUACUCAAACCGUCUACCUAAAAACCCUUGCAUUUGUAAAUGUACUCUCUCAUUUUUGGCUU